UAACCAGUUCGUAGCGCAAGAGCUGACGUCAAUAUUGCUCAGCUUUGGGAAUGCUCUGUGCCGUGCAAGCGCCCCGAUAGAAAAAACAGGGAGCCUGCAUUCCGUUUCUCGUGAAGAGGGCUUAUUGUUGGCUACACUGCUCGUUGCUUUGUCCCACCCAACCCCUGUUUGGGCGGCUCGUUUCGUUUAUUUAAUCCAAUUAGUGCGACGUUGAUAGCGUUUGUUUGCCGUACAGGGGGAAAGACGGCGAUAGCAGUUGCAAGUUGUUGGCGUGACAAAUUUUGCGGAAGUACCGUCUGGUCUACUUUGAUAAAACAAGUGCUCGGGGAAGGUAGCAUUCGCGUGGCAUCUGGGAACGGCACACAAACGCAAUGGAACAUCACGGGACGGAUUUUCAUCGAAGCUCGAAUUCCUUGGAUUCCGAUUCGAAAUCCAGCUCACUGAAUUCCAAACACGGGAUGGACACUAUCGUAGCAAACGAGUCCGGUUUCACUUACCUGUCGGGAGAAAACAUGCAGGACCGGAAGAACGAUGUGUCCUACAUCUGCCCGUACAGUGGGCCAGCGAUCGGUACACUCACGAUCACAAACUACCGGCUGCACUUCCGCUCGCAACCGGCGUCCGACAAGGAUCCGGUCAUUGUAGUCGAUUGCCCGCUCGGUGCGGUUAGUCGCAUCGAGAAGGUGGGCGGUGCUAGUUCACGGGGUGAAAAUUCGUACGGAAUCGACAUUUUUUGCAAGGACAUGCGCAACCUGCGGUUCGCGCAUAAGCAGGAAAACCAUUCCCGCCGGACGGUGUUCGAGAAGCUGCAGCUGUACGCGUUCCCGCGCGCCAACGAGGGCCAUCUGUUUGCAUUCAACUAUCGGGAAAAGUUUACCGAGGACGGGUGGACGGUGUACGAGCCGGUUGCCGAAUUGCGCCGUAUGGGUGUGAACAGUGCGAACAACGAUACGUGGCGCAUAACGCGCCUGAACGAAGGGUACGAAAUCUGCGACAGCUACCCGUCGGUGUGGGCCGUUCCGAAGACGGCGAAGGAUGACCUGCUGAAGCAGGUGGCAGCGUUUCGGUCCCGCAACCGACUGCCGGUACUGUGCUGGAUCCAUCCGAAAUCGCUGGCCACCAUCACGCGCUGCUCGCAGCCCCUGGUCGGGGUUGGCGGGAAGCGUAGCGAGGCCGACGAAACCUACAUCAAUCUGAUCAUGGAAGCGAACGCACAGUCGGACAAGCUGUCGAUCAUCGAUGCGCGGCCGAGUGCGAACGCGAUCGCCAACAAGGCAAAAGGCGGUGGGUACGAGUCGGAAGAUGCCUACAAAAACGUGGAGUUGACGUUCCUGGACAUCCACAACAUACACGUGAUGCGCGAGAGCCUGCGAAAAUUGAAGGAAAUUUGUUUCCCGGCCAACGAUGACCACAAGUGGCUGUCGGCGGUCGAGGGUACGCUUUGGCUGAAGCACAUCAAGUGUAUUCUGAGUGGAGCGGUGCGGAUUGUCGAUCGGAUUGAAAAUAUGCGAAUGUCCGUGGUGGUGCACUGUUCCGACGGAUGGGAUCGCACAUCACAACUCACGGCUUUGUCGAUGUUGCUGCUUGACCCUUACUAUCGAACGCUGAAGGGCUUCGAGGUGCUGAUCGAGAAAGAGUGGCUUAGCUUUGGACAUAAGUUCGAACAGCGCAUCGGUCACGGUGAUAAUCAUCAUUCGGACGCCGAUCGUUCGCCGGUGUUCCUGCAGUUCAUCGACUGUGUGUGGCAGAUAUCGAAACAGUUCCCGCAUGCGCUCGAAUUCAACGAAUACUUUCUCAUCACGAUCCUGGACCAUCUGUACUCCUGCCGGUUUGGGACCUUCCUCUACAACACCGAGCGUGAACGGGUCACGAAUGACCUGAAAAAUCGCACCGUAUCACUCUGGUCGUUCAUCAAUUCCUCGCACGAGGAGUACCGUAAUCCACUGUACGGUGGGUUGAGCAACUAUUUGACCUCGAUGCCGGUGCAGACCGUCCUGCGACCGGUAGUCAGCAUGCGCCACAUUCGCCUCUGGAAAGGGCUCUACUGUCGUUGGAAUCCUAGCAUGCGGCAGCAGGAUCCGAUCUACCAGCGAACGCGCGAACUGCUAGCCCUGCAGGCGGAACUGAUACGCCAGCUCGAAGACUGUCGAACGGAACGUGCGCUAAACUAGUCCGUGCGAUUGUGUUCCGGAGUGUUGAUGCUGAAGGCAUGGCGAUGACUUUCGAACCCAUUCUGCGUUUGGCUGCGUAUGAAAGGUAGAUUUAAAUGUGGCAGUACUAUAGAGAACCUUCCCAUUUAUGUUGUUAUUCGUUAAAUGAUAAUCAAACAAAUGUAACCGUUCAGUUCGCCACGAACAAAAAAUAUUAUUAUCCUGUAUUUGAUUGCCGUUCGCGAAAGGUAAGCAAUACUGUAUUAUUAUAAAACUUUUCCAUUUAAAAUAACUUACUUUGCGUGAAUUUGUUAGUUUUCGAAUAUCUCACAUUCUGCAAAGCCAGUAUAAUAUGUAUUAGUGACUUCCAGCGUCCUAGUAUGACGGUAUGAAAUGAAAUGAUUAAUGUUUAAUUGUUUAAUAUAUCAUUCGUUAAUCGCAACCUAUACUUCGUUUCAAUAUGUUAUAUUCGUCUAAUAAAUCGAUAAAGACAAUUGUUUCUCAUACAAAUAAAUCUGGAAUA